AUGGUUCGCUGGUUGCUCCUCUUCGUCGCCUGGCCCGCCGAAGGAGGAUCUUACAACGACUACAUCGACAGGAUCGAAAAACGAACUUCCGAUGCCAUUGCCUUACACCGCUCUGGAGAGACGGCAAAGGCUCUUCGGACGUUGAACGAGGUCCGGGACAGUUUCCAUUCGGCGGUGAAGCUGGACUCGAAGAAGCCAGAUGCGUACGUCACCUUCGCGCAGUCAAUGCUAAGCUGCAAUCAGCUGGAGGAUGCCGUCCAUGCUUGGGAAGGAGCCGUACAAAGAAUUGACAGGAAGAAAGAGCCACACCUCUUCGACUGGGCUGCCGGCAGGCUGCGAUGGACGAGGUAUGGUUUGGUGUCCAUGCAGCGGGACGAGGUCUACGCUGGUGGUCAGGGAGACUUGCAGGCUUCCCUGAAGCUGAUCGAGAAGCAGCUGGAGAUUUAUCCUGGCUUUCCCAACAUGCACCACGACUUGGCAACGACCCGCGUCAUGGUCUCCGAACUCAAGCAGGACUCGAACAUCACUGCACAGGCUGUAGAGAGCUUCAGGCAAGCCCAAGAGACUGCUUUUGAGGCCUGGAAAGCCGGACUCCUCGAGCGGAAGCGCUCCAAGAAUUGUGACCAUGGGUCACUGGUCUAUGAUUGGACCCAGAUUCCUGCAGAUGCAGGAUUUGGAGUCUCUGUGGACUACCUCGGGAAGAAAGCGCCGGCUGACUCUGAGGGCUAUGUGGCCACCUUCAAGGAUGUGGCGCUGUCAGGCGAUGACGGCAUCAUCGUUGACGAGCAGAACUGCCGCAUCUUUCUGGCCUCGGCGGGCCUGGCUGUGAAUCUCGCGGCGAACUUGCAGUUGUUGGAGGUCUGGGGAGAUCCAGCCACUCCCUAUUCUUCGGGACCGCGGUGGAAGUGGUACGACUACUCGCAAGGUCGGGCGCCGGAGCACGGAUCUUGGGAGAAGCCGGUGAAGGUAUCCAAGGUGGCCAGUGUGGUGCACUUUGCCGCCACGUCGCAUUUCCACGUGCUGACGGAGGUACUUGGGCGACUCUGGUUGCUGGUGUCGCAUGGCGUGCUGGCUGAUCCGGAAAUGCACCUGGUGCUGCCGAAGCCGUUUGGCUUCCUGGCUGCAGGGCUGAAGCUGCUGACUCAGGGGCUCGACCUGCCCAGCAAGAGGAUGAUUCAUUGGACGUCGGGGCCCAAUGACGUUCGACUGCGGGCGGAAACGCUUGUCUUCGCGAACUGGAAGCCCGCGGUGAAGUUCGGGGACGAUGGUGGUCACUGCCCUACCCCGGGGCCCCUGCUCCGGGGCCUCCACAGUGCUCUGCAGCCGCUCGCUGCUGCAGCAAAGCCGGCGCCUCCUGCGCUGAUCUUCAUCAAGCGGAAGAAGGGCGACAUGCGAAGCAGCCUACAAGACGAGUCCUGGUUUACUGGGCAGCUGAAACAGCUCGCGACACCGACGCUGCAAUUCCAGGUAUUCGAUGGAAGUGCCAAGCCAAAGCGCACCGCCCAGCUCUUUGCCCGGGCCCGAAUAGUCGUUGGAGCCCACGGGGGUGCAUUGUCGAACAUCCUCUUCUGCCCAGAGGAUGUUGAGAUCUUCGAGCUCGGUUUCCGAACGCCUUUUGCAGGGCAUUACCGAUAUCUCUCGAAGAUGCUCAACUUGCGGAUGACUUUGCUGCCCCUGGUGCCAGACAGCCGCGGGAUCGGAAGCCAAGACAUCGCGUUUGCAAACUUGGAGGAGGCCCUUGAGGUCAUUCGGGCCGCUGCGACGGGCCCAGGCGAGGCCAAGCCACACUUUGAGCUCUGA